AUGCUACAGCCACCAAGAGGCUGCAUCCAAGCUUGCGCGGCCAAGUAUGGCUGUAGCGACGAUCAGGUGUUUGUGGCGCAGAGCCGUUCAGGACAUCAAAGCAGACAACUCCAUCACGGUAGGAAGGGAAAGAGCGGUCGCACGUCCCGCAUGACGGAAGCGUUCCGCGAGGACCUCAACAGGUCCAUCGAAUUUAUCCCUUUCGAGGAUCGCACGGAUAUUCACACUUUAGCGAGAGCUCUGGGUAUUCAAAAAUCGACCCUAUAUGUCUACUAUCGCGCUGGUGUGUUUCGCAGCCACACUGCACGGGUGAAGCCGAUGCUAACAGAGAAGCAGCAUGUCGACGGAGUCAAGUUUGCUUUAGGAUUCGUGCACCGAGGCCCCAGCAACACGCUAAUGUUCGACAGCAUGAUGGACUACGUGCAUUUGGAUGAAAAGUGGUUCUAUCCGCACAAAGAGAAGCAGCGAUUCUAUCUCGGAGAGCACGAAGACGCCCCUCAUAUUACUGUGAAAAAAAGAACAUCAUCAAAGUAA